AUGCGCCGCAGACCCACCCUGACACUUAUGGUACGAGACCUGCUGCGACACCGACACAGUCAUAGAAGCAGAGCUUGCAGUGUGAGCCAUGGAGGCCUCACAGGACCUGAGCGAGCAGAUGUCUGCGUGUCCCGCCUUCUCGCUGUGUCUCUUUGGGACAGAGUGAUGAUUCAGGGCCGAUUGUUCGGCAGUAACUUGAGCUGGUGUCCUGGAGCAGAGCGGAGCGAUGAGCUGGUGGACCAGAGGAGGACGGUCCACUGUGUCCUGCCCUGA